ACAUUAGUAUUUUUCUUGGUUGAAAGUGUAAGCCCCUUAUUUUGAAACAAGCUUAUUAUAUUACAUAUUUCUUGACUCAUUAAAUUUUUUAAAAGAAAAAUAGAAUUGGUAAGAAGAAGAAACUAGUGAGUUGAGUUCCACAUUUUUGACCGAAACCAAAAAUUAUUGUACUAUUAGGAGGAAACUGAAAAGUCUUCCACUCCCUCUUUCUAUUAACCUUUGCAAUUUUUCUUUACACAAGUUCAACUAAAAAACCAAACUCUAGCUUCUUGCUUCGUGUCUCUGUCUUUCCUAAGAAAUCUCCAUGUGCAGGAAAACUUGUCAAACUAGUUUGAUCAUGGGGUAUGAGAAUGGUAAUAAAGAAGGGAAGCAUCAUGAGAUUUCUUCUUUGCUUGAAUUUUCAGCUGAAGAUGAUGUGAUUGGUUUCAAAGAUGCCGUUGAAAACGAGGGUUGUGACGUUAAUGAGGUUGGUUUAUGGUAUGGAAGGAGCGUUUGUUCGAAAAAAUUAGGUUAUGAAGAGAGGACUCCUCUUAUGGUUGCUGCUAUGUUUGGAAGUUUGGAUGUAUCCGCUUAUAUUCUUGGAACAGGCCGUGUUGAUGUUAAUCGGUCUUGUGGAUCCGAUGGUGCUACUGCUCUUCAUUGUGCUGUUGCUGGUGGUUCUGCUGCUUCCGCAGAGAUUAUCAAGCUUUUGCUUGAUGCAUCUGCGGAUCCUAGUGUUGUUGAUGCCAACGGUAACCGACCAGUUGACUUGAUUGUUUCUGGGGUCAAUUCUAUCUUCAAUCCGAGGAAGAGGAUGCUGCAGGCUCUUUUGGAGGGUACGGUUGGUGUUGCUGAUCAGACAUCUCUUGCAUUUCCGGAGACAAUUGACGUUGUUGAUGAAUAUCAAAGGCAAGAUAUAAACACACCUCGUGUUUCAAAAGAUUAUCCUGUUGAUCUCUCUCUUCCAGAUAUAAAGAAUGAGUUAUAUAGUACCGAUGAAUUUAGGAUGUAUACAUUCAAAGUUAAGCCUUGUUCAAGGGCGUAUUCUCAUGAUUGGACCGAGUGUCCCUUUGUUCAUCCAGGUGAAAAUGCAAGGCGACGUGAUCCGAGGAAAUAUCAUUAUAGCUGCGUCCCUUGUCCUGAGUUUCGCAAAGGUUCGUGUAGCAAAGGAGAUUCAUGUGACUAUGCACAUGGGAUUUUUGAGUGCUGGCUUCAUCCUGCGCAGUAUCGUACACGUCUUUGCAAGGAUGAGAGUGAAUGCACAAGAAGAGUUUGCUUCUUUGCUCAUAGGAUUGAGGAGCUUCGCCCCUUGUAUGCUUCUACCGGUUCUGCUAUUCCGUCUCCUAGGUCAUAUUACAGUACCGCUUCUACAUUGGAAAUGGGUUCACUUAGCCCAAUGUCACAUGGUUCUCCAUCGGUUUUGAUACCGCCAUCCUCAACGCCGCCUCUGACUCCAUCUGGAGCUUCAUCUCCCGUUGCUGCUACAGCCAUGUGGCAGACACAGUUUAAUGUUUCGGUCCCUAGCCUACAGCUUCCCAAAAGCAGGUUGAAGACUGGAAUGACCGCUAGAGAUAUUGAUUCCGAUAUUGCAAUGCUUAGGAAGCAACUAAUGAUGGAUGAGAUAUCCGGUCUUCCUUCACCAUCCAACUGGAAAAAUUCGAUGCCUAACAGUCCAUCUUUUUCGGUUUCUUUGAGUGAUGGCCAUACUACCAGAGAACUAAAUAGGUUUUCGGGGGUGAAGCCUACUAACCUUGAAGACAUUUACGGAUCUCUUGAUCCAUCAAUGUUGCACAAAUUCCACGGAAUCUCACUUGAUGCUGCAGGAUCGCAGUUACAAUCUCCAACUGGAAUCCAGAUGCGUCCCAAUAUGAAUCAGCAGCUACAAAACUAUUCUUCAGGCUAUUCCACUUCGAGUAGGACUGGAUCGCCACCCUAUGGGUUUGAUCCAUCCGGGGAGUUAUCCGCAGCGGCUUUAAAUUCAAGAGCUGCUGCCUUUUCUAAGCGGAGCCAGAGCUUUAUCGAGCGCAAUGUGGCAAAUCGUCAUUCUGAGCAUCUUUCUCCUGUGAAGCCUUAUGCUUUUCCUAACUGGGGCUCACCCGAUGGAAAAUUGAAUUGGACCGUACAAGGAGAAGAACUGAAUAAGCUGAGGAAAUCGUCUUCUUUUGGAUUUCUAAGCAGUAAUACUCCUUUAAAUCCAGCUGCAACUAGAGCACAAGAAAAUGACGACGAACCAGAUGUAUCUUGGGUUAAUUCACUUGUGAAGGACGCUACACCGCAGGAAUCUGGUCGGUUUAGUACUGAAGAUCAGAAAAGGAAACUGCAAUACAAUCUUAACAAUGGAACCGAUGCGAUUCCAGCGUGGUUAGAGCAAUUGUACAUUGAUCAGGAACAAACUGUGCAUUGAAUGAUUUACCUCAUCCUUCUUGUAACUCUCUCAACAGUCAAUUCAUUUAAUGAUUUUUUUUAUUUUUUUUGAAUUUGUUUAGAUGACAAUUUGUAUAACUGAUGGGAAAAUAGUCCCUUAAAGCUAGAAUUUGUGACAGGAUGCAAAAUUUCUGCUCCAUGAAUUUUUUUCUAAUAUUUUUUAUU